ACAGACCCUUCUGGUCUGCAGCUGUCGCCCUUGGUCCAGACGCCUCCGCUGCUGGCUGAAGAGGGGCUUGGGCCAGGUGUGCCCAGUGUGUGACCGCAUCCUCCUCCAGUCGGAUCGUCCUCCUUCCUCGGGGCUAUGGCGGUGACAAUGUCAACUCAGACACUGACCCAGCCUCUGGGCCUCCUUCGCCUGCUCCAGCUGCUGUCCACCUGCGUGGCGUUCUCAUGCGUGGCCCAUGUGGGUGCCUGGAUGGGGCCCAUGGGCAACUGGUCCAUGUUCACCUGGUGCUUCUGCUUCGUCGUGACGUUCAUCAUCCUCUGCGUGGAGGUGUGCGGCUGCCAGGCCCGGUUCCCACUGUCGUGGCAGAAUUUCCCCAUCACCUACGCCUUAUACGCUGCCCUCUUCUGCCUCUCGUCCUCCAUCAUCUACCCCACCACCUACGUGCAGUUCAUGUCCGAGGGCAGCACCCGCAACCACGCCAUCGUCGCCUGCACCUUCUCCUGCAUCGCCUUCCUGGCUUAUGCCACUGAAGUGUCCUGGACCCGAGGGAAGUCCACAGGCUACAUGGCCACUAUACCCGGGCUCCUCAAGGUGCUGGAGACGUUCGUAGCCUGUAUCAUCUUCGCUUUCCUCAGCAACGCUGGCCUGUACCAGCGUCACGAGGCCCUGGAGUGGUGUGUGGCGGUGUAUGCCAUCUGCUUCAUCCUGGCAGCUGUCACCAUCCUGCUGAACCUGGGGGACUGCACCAACGUGCUGCCCAUCGCCUUCCCCACCUUCCUGACAUUCGUGGCCGUCCUGUCCUUCCUCAUGUAUGCCACCGCUAUGAUCAUCUGGCCCCUCUACCAGUUUAAUGAGAAUUACGGCGGCCAGAGCCGGCGGCUGAAGGACUCGUACUGUGCCUACCGCCACCCGCACUCCGUGUGUAGCUGGGAUCGCCGGCUGGCUGUGGCUCUCUUAACAGGAGUCAACCUGCUUGCGUACCUAGCCGACCUGGUGCACUCCACCCGUGUGCUGGUCAUCAAGUGAGCGGCAGUCAGAGGGCGUCUCACGGCUCUGCCCCUCUCUGUUCUUUGCUCCCCUCUGUUUUUUGGUUUGGUUUUGUUGGUUCUGAUCGCUGAGUCUUUAU